UCGGCUCGCCCAUUCUCACGCCCCACCUCGGACCUUGCUGGAAGAAAGUUUCGCCCGGCCGCCAAGGGACACGCGCGAACAUGGCCUCGCCGAGGUGGCUCUGGUGUGCGUGUGCGACCGCGGCGGUGGCACUGCUGCUCGUCUCCAGGCUUCCCUCGGCCUCUGCCCAGAGAAAGAAGGAGAUGGUGUUAUCUGAGAAGGUUAGUCAGCUGAUGGAAUGGACCAAUAAAAGACCUGUAAUAAGAAUGAAUGGAGACAAGUUCCGUCGCCUUGUUAAAGCGCCACCAAGAAAUUACUCUGUUAUUGUGAUGUUCACUGCUCUCCAACUUCACAGACAGUGUGUCGUUUGCAAGCAAGCUGAUGAAGAAUUCCAGAUUCUGGCAAACUCUUGGCGGUACUCCAGUGCAUUUACCAACAGAAUAUUUUUUGCCAUGGUAGAUUUUGAUGAAGGUUCUGAUGUAUUUCAAAUGCUAAACAUGAAUUCCGCUCCAACUUUCAUCAACUUUCCUCCAAAAGGAAAACCCAAAAGGGCUGAUACAUACGAGUUACAGGUGCGAGGGUUUUCAGCUGAACAGAUUGCUCGCUGGAUCGCAGACAGAACUGAUGUCAAUAUUAGAGUAAUUAGACCUCCAAAUUAUGCUGGACCCCUAAUGUUGGGAUUGCUUCUGGCUGUUAUUGGUGGACUUGUGUAUCUGCGAAGAAGCAAUAUGGAAUUCCUCUUUAAUAAAACUGGAUGGGCUUUUGCAGCUUUGUGUUUUGUACUUGCUAUGACAUCUGGUCAGAUGUGGAACCAUAUAAGAGGACCACCAUAUGCUCAUAAGAAUCCCCAUACAGGACAUGUGAACUAUAUCCAUGGAAGCAGCCAGGCCCAGUUUGUAGCUGAAACCCACAUUGUUCUUCUGUUCAAUGGCGGGGUUACCUUAGGCAUGGUGCUUUUAUGUGAAGCUGCUACCUCCGACAUGGAUAUUGGGAAGCGAAGGAUGAUGUGUGUAGCUGGAAUUGGACUUGUUGUGCUAUUCUUCAGUUGGAUGCUCUCUAUCUUUCGAUCAAAAUACCAUGGCUAUCCAUACAGCUUUCUGAUGAGUUAAAGAGGAUUCUAGAGACACAUAGACUGUGAUAAUAAUGGAAACUGAAAAAUAAGACAUAUAUGGUGUUUGAAGAAGAAUGCAACUCAUGUAUUUUAUAUUACCUCUUUUUUGUCAAGUGAUUUAAAUAGUUAAUCAUUUAACCAAAGAUGUGUAGUGCCUUAACAAGCAAUUGUAAGAUCAUGAAGUAUUUGGAAUUAUUGUCCUCUUAACUUUCCCUUCCCUGUGAACUUAUGAAACAUUUGAUUUUUGUAGAAUUAGGUACUUUAUAAAAUUUAAAACUACUACUUCAUUUUACAUAGAGCAAAUGUCAAAACUACUUUAGUUAACUUUUCAUCAUCUGAUUUUAUCUUAUCCAAGGCUGGGGAUGGAAGGUUCUGAGCAGGAAUUUCCACCUCUGCCUGUUACAAACAACUGCAUCUGGAAGCCACCAUUAGUUUUCCUUUGUGCAGAUGGGUAUGAUUUACAUCUUUCCUCUUGGACCAAGAUAUCAUAUGCACUAUUUGAACCUCUGAAAAUGGACUGUGUAGCCUUUGGAAAGAUAAAUCUGUCUUCUUUCUGUGUCUUUCCUGCUGAAAUCAGAGCUACAUAUGCCUCUUUUAUACAUUAAGAAGUACCUCUAACUACAAAACUAUGAUUUUUGCAUGAGUGCACUCUAACUACCUUGUACAUGGAAAGAUUUCUGAUUCAUUCUGUUUCUAGUUUUAUUUAAAGUGGCCCUUCUCUAAUAAUAAUGUGUUGCCUAAAAUCACUAUAAGUUAUAAAUGGUCUCAGAUGUUUGUGUAUGUUAGUUAGACAUUGUCAAUCUCAUUUUUACCUAACAGAAAAAUAAGCUGAGUUGUGUUUGCGGAAAGGACUAUCUUAGAAUGGGAAAAGAAAAUCAAGAAAUAUUGAUUACUGCCUAUGGAUAGAAAUGAAACAUUUUGCCAGGCUUGUGGCAGACACAAGCUAAAAUCUUUGUGAGUUUAUGGCUAGCCUGGGCUACAUAGUGAGACCCUGUGUCCAAAAAAAGGAGAGAAAAGAAAGAGAAAAAGGCAAUGAAAUGUUAAUGUUUUCAAGCUAAGGUGGUAGCUCAGUGGUAGAGUGCUUGCCUAGCAUGAGUGACACUCUGGGUUCAAUCCUCAUGGCCACACGAAAAAAUAGUUCUUGAGUCCUAUUCUGUGAGUUAUUUUUAUUUGUUUGUUUUUAAAGAAUGUUCCUUGAAACCUGGUCUUUUGUUUUUUAAAAUACAUAUUCUUUAAAACCUGGGCUAAUUUUUAAGUAAGUAGUUUUUGAAGCCUGGUCUGGCUUUUGUUUUUAUUUGUGUGUUUGUUUUCUAAAAAAAAAAUGUUUCUUGAAACCUGAUCCUUUUUUUUGUUUUUGCCUUUUUGAGACAUAGCUCUGGUUGGUCUUGAAUUUCCCAAGUGCUGGGAUUAUAGGCAUGUACCAUUGACCCUAGUCUGCUUUCUGCUGUCAUUUUAGCUUUUAUUUCCCCCAUAAAUAAGGGAUACAAAGAAUGGUGGUAUGCAUGUGUCUCUGCUCUUAGCUAUCCUGGUGGCCAAAGUAGGAGCCCUGAAGUCCAAGAAUUUGACACAUAGUGUGGCAUCAUAUCACACCUCAUUUCAAAAAUAUGUCCAUAAUAAAAUUGUGAAGGGAUUUUGUUUGAAUUUUGUCUUUUUCUGUGAUAAUGGAAAUAACCCUAUAGGCUAACCAAAUUUCCAUGAGGAAUAUUUAAGUCAUGGUUAUAAUAUGUCUAACUCUGACCUCCACCAGAGUUAUGAAGAGUAAUUGGAAAUGCCAUUGUUAUGAAAGUGUGGAGUUGGGAUGUAGCUCAGUGGUAGAGCACUUGGCUAGCCUGUGUUAGACCCUGGGUUCAAUCCCCAGCACCACAAUAAGUGAGAAUUUUAACUGUGAAAAAAUGUAAAGAAUAUUAGAAAUAUUAUAUUUAAAAGAUACAGAGAUGGAUAUGUGGUUGAGUUGAUGCAGUGCUUGCCUGACAUGCAGGAAGCCCUGGGUUUGAUUCACUACAUCACAUAAGCCAGAUGUGGUGGUGCAUACAUGUAAUUCCAGCGCACUCAGGAGACAGGUGGGAAGAUCAGAAGUUCAAGUUCAUCCGUGGAAUGCAUAAUGUUUAAGGCCAGCCUGAACUACAAUGAGACAAAACAAAAGAUGCUGUGACUGUUUCAUGCUAUUGAUCAUGUAAUAGCCUGCCCUUGUCCUAUGAACAAAGUUUGUGGAACGACAUCAUUGGCCCUGAAGAAAUGUUUAUGUGGGGUUUUUACUGUCGUUGUUACAAAUUCAAUGAAUAAGAGGAUACAGUUGAUCCCCUUAUAAAUUGAGUGAUUCUGAUUUCUUAUCCACUAUUUUUAUACUAGUCUCUGCCAAAUGGAUUUAAGCUAUGAUUUUUAGGAAACUCGCGUGACAAGGCCCUGACUUGUAAGGUUGAACUGGGCAGUAUUCCUGCUGUAGCUUCAGGUCAUGUCCCGUGGUCAGUGUUCUGUUUCCUCUGUUUAAGAGCAACAUUCUUCAUUAUGAAGAAAGGCGCAUUUGGGCUAAAAUCUGUGAAAGCAGAUUUUCUCCGCUUAAAAUAGUGUUAAUUUUGUGGAAAAUUUAAAUUUAGCUUUUUUCUGAAGUGCCUUAAGUAGAUUCUUAAUUUACUUUUCUAGUAGUGGUUUAAAUAUAAUUCGUUAUGGAUUUUUAAUAUACUGUUUGAAAAUGAUACAUUGUUAUGGCAAAGAUAACCAAAUGUCUGGCUUACUGCUUCCUACCAAUAAACUUAUUCAAUCUAAAUUGA